UGGCAUGAGUCUCGAUGGCAGUGCUCCUUUAAGGCAUCUACUGAGAAAACAGGCAACCAGGUGUCGCUCAAUUUGAAAACGAAACCUGUCCACCCUUCGGUGACCGGACACCCAAUAAUGGAUGAUGGCGACCCGAAGGGCCCAUCUACCAAUAUCUCUCGAUGCAGCGACAGCGGACGCGGGUCGUGAGCUGUUCGAAGGCUGCCGAAACGGUGAUGUGACCCGUGUGAAGAAGCUGGUAACGCCACACAAUGUCAACUCGCGGGAUACGACUGGAAGGAAGUCGACCCCUCUUCACUUCGCUGCAGGAUUUGGGCGGCGAGAUGUGGUUGAGCACCUUCUACAAAAUGGGGCCAAUGUUCAUGCCAAGGACGAUGGUGGCCUGAUUCCCUUACACAAUGCCUGCUCCUUUGGCCAUGCAGAAGUAGUGCAGCUUCUCCUGAAGCACGCUGCUGAUCCAAAUGCAAGGGACAACUGGAACUAUACUCCACUGCAUGAAGCAGCAAUCAAAGGAAAAGUUGACGUGUGCAUAGUGCUUCUGCAGCAUGGGGCAGAUGCAUCUAUCCGCAACACGGAUGGAAAAACUCCACUGGACCUGGCUGACCCAUCCACUCGUAGUGUGCUCACAGGGGACUACAGAAAGGAUGAGCUGCUUGAGUCUGCUCGUAGUGGCAAUGAAGAGAAGCUCUUGUCACUGCUCACAUCCAUCAAUGUCAAUUGCCAUGCCAGCGAUGGUCGCAAGUCUACACCAUUGCACUUGGCAGCAGGCUACAACAGAGUCCGAAUCGUCCAGCUCCUCCUGCAGCAUGGGGCUGAUGUUCAUGCCAAAGACAAGGGUGGCUUGGUACCCUUGCACAAUGCGUGUUCCUACGGUCACUUUGAAGUGACUGAGAUGUUGAUAAAGCACGGGGCCAAUGUGAAUGCCAUGGAUCUGUGGCAGUUCACACCACUGCACGAAGCAGCCUCCAAGAGUCGAGCUGAGGUGUGCUCACUACUACUGGCACACGGAGCUGACCCUGGUCUGCUCAACUGCCACUCCAAGAGCCCAGUCAUGGUAGCUCCUUCCCGGGAUCUCCAGGACCGAAUGCUGUAUGAGUACAAAGGCCAUGCACUCCUGGAUGCUGCCCGGCAGGCUGACCUAGCUCGUAUCAAGAAGUACAACACCCCUGAUGUAGCCAACUUCAAGCAUCCGUUCACGGGAGACACAUCGCUUCAUAUGGUUGCAGUUUCUUCAUUUCCCAAGCGCAAGCAGGCAAUAGAAUUGCUGCUCAGGAAGAAUGCUAACAUCAAUGAGAAAAAUGAAGAGUGCUUGACGCCACUGCAUCUAGCAGCCAGCAAAUCUCACCUAGAUGUUGUGGACAUCCUGAUCAAAAAUGGGGCAAAGGUGAAUGCUCUGGACAGCUUGGGUCAGACUGCACUGCAUCGGUGUUCACGAGAAGGAAAUGUGCAAGCUUGCCGCGUGCUCCUGGCGGCUGGGGCUGAUCCAGGCAUAGUGAGUGGCCAAGGCUACACAGCAUCACAGUUGGCCAGUGAUGCUGUACAACAACUUUUGCAUGAACCUCAGCACAGCAGUGGAGAUGUGGAGUUCCAGCUGCUUGAAGCAGCAAAAGCAGGAGACCUGGAUAUUGUGAAGAAAUUGAUAUCAUCCCAUGUUGACAUUGUGAACUGUAGAGACGUGGAUGGACGACAGUCAACACCAUUGCACUUCGCAGCAGGGUACAAUCGUGUUGCAGUGGUUGAAUUCUUGCUUCAGCAUGGUGCUGAUGUUCAUUCCAAAGACAAAGGGGGCUUGGUACCUUUGCAUAAUGCUUGCUCUUAUGGCCAUUAUGAAGUAGCUGAUCUCUUGGUGAAGCAUGGGGCCAGUGUGAAUGUGUCUGAUCUCUGGAAGUUCACACCUCUCCACGAAGCUACUGCGAAAGGAAAAUAUGACAUUGUCAAGCUGUUGCUUAAGCACGGAGCUGACCCAAGCAAGAAAAACCGAGAUGGUAACACACCCCUUGAUUUAGUCAAAGAUGGUGACCAAGAUGUUGCAGAUCUUCUCAAAGGUGAUGCUGCACUUCUAGAUGCUGCUAAAAAGGGCAAUCUUGCAAGGGUCAUGAAGCUGGUGACUACUGAAAAUAUUAAUUGUAGAGACUCUCAAGGCAGAAAUUCUACACCACUACAUUUGGCAGCUGGAUACAACAACCUAGAAGUUGCCGAGCUGCUGCUUGAAAAUGGUGCAGAUGUCAAUGCACAAGACAAGGGUGGCCUCAUCCCACUUCAUAAUGCAUCAUCAUAUGGGCAUUUGGACAUAGCAGCCUUGUUAAUUAAGUACAAUACGGUUGUGAAUGCCACUGACCGGUGGGGCUUUACACCACUGCACGAGGCAGCACAAAAAGGUCGGACACAGCUCUGUGCAUUGUUGCUGGCACAUGGGGCAGACUCAACAAUGAAGAACCAUGAAGGCCAGACACCUCUGGACAUCGCAGCAGCAGAAGACGUGCGCUGCCUGCUGACUGAUGCCAUGCCUCCACAUGCCCUUCCUCCUUCGGCUAAAGCAUCAACAGUUCAGUCGCAGUGUCCUCCCAAUGGGCUAGGAGCAAAUCCACUGUCAGCAUUAUCAUUGGAAGCAUUAGAAGCUGAAAUUCCUGCUGCCAUGAGCCUGCUAUCGACACAGCGAGCUGGUCAUGUUCGAGAGGGCUCAGCAGCCAGCGAAGGGGCUGCUCCUUUGGCUGAAUUGGCAACACAAAACAAAGAAUUUUUGCAGUUUCUUACUAACAUUGGCUUGGGGCACCUGUGCGAGCUUUUUGAGAAGGAGAUGAUUACAAUUGACAUUCUGGCUGAGAUGGGUCACGAGGAACUGAAGCAGAUAGGCGUCUCUGCCUACGGCCAUCGGCACAAGUUGAUGAAGGGCAUUGAAAAGUUGCUCACAGGUCGAGCAAUCUCAUCAACACUUAUGCCCAGCACAACUGGAACUGUUCUAGUGGACUUGUCACCUGAUGAUAAAGAGUACAUGGCUGUAGAAGAGGAGCUUCAAGCCACCAUUCGUGAACAUAGGGACAAUGGAUAUGCUGGCGGAAUUUUUAUGCGUUACAACAUUAUCAAGAUUCAAAAAGUUCGCAAUCGGAAACUUCUGGAACGCUACUGUCAUCGGAGGAAGGAAGUCGCUGAAGAGAAUCACAACCAGUCCAAUGAGCGCAUGCUCUUUCAUGGCUCCCCAUUUAUCAAUGCCAUUGUUCAGAAAGGGUUUGAUGAACGCCAUGCCUACAUUGGUGGCAUGUUUGGGGCUGGCAUUUACUUUGCUGAAAACUCAUCCAAAAGCAACCAGUAUGUCUAUGGCACCUGUGGAGGUACGGGCUGCCCAUUACACAAAGAUCGUUCCUGCUACAUCUGCCACAGGCAGAUGCUGUUGUGUCGUGUGACACUGGGAAAGUCAUUCCUGCAGUUCAGUGCCAUGAAGAUGGCUCAUGCUCCACCUGGCCACCAUUCGGUCAUUGGGCGGCCCAGUGUGGGUGGCCUCUCCUACCCCGAGUAUGUGGUGUACCGUGGCGAGCAGGCAUACCCGGAGUACCUGAUAUCCUACCAGAUCGAAAAACCUCAGGAUCACAUUGUUUUGAGUUAGUAACAAGGUCUGCGUCUGGAAAAGAAUGCGUGUGAUGGACUACACGUCUUUGACAUUGCAGUGGCCGCAACAGAUGACAAAUUAGUGUUUGCAUGUGUUCAUUCGCCAGGUGCCAGUUUUUUUAUUCAGCAUGUAUGUGUGAGUUUUUAUGAGAAGGGCAAAUGUCUGUGUUUAAUAAGCAUAGAUAGCCCUAUCUAUAGGAAAAUGCAGGCACUCUGUUGCAGGUUCAAUGUAAAUAAUAAGUGCUAGAAAGAGAAUUUUAAUAGGAACAUAGCAUUUUUAACCUAGGGCAAGCAUUAAGUAACUGAUAAGGCAAAUUUGGCCUUUUUACUAGAGUGGUAGUCCAAAAUGCAAUGCAGGUGUUGUAGUGAUAAAAGUAUCUUAUUUUGUGGGGUUUGUCCAAAACUCAUUGAAUUGAGAUGGAUGUAAUGUGAUAGGGUAUUUUACCUUGUGUACAAAUGGUAUUGUAUGUGGGAGUGCAUUCUGUGACCUGUCUGCUAUUUAUAGGCCUGUUUUAGUUGCCCCUUGUUGACUUUGCAUAGAUGGGUGAUGUGGCACGUAUAAGAGUGUUUACUUUUUUUUAAGACAUUUGCCAUGAUACAAUAUGCUUGAAGUCGAGAAUUGGACGAAAUCUUGUUUGGUCGGGAAGUAAUGGCAUUUUAGAACGAAAAAGACUGGACGCCGACCAAGAGGGUGUCGAAAAUACAUUGACAGGCGUUUCGGUUUCCACACUGAAGCCUUGUUCACUAAGCUGAGAGGGCGAAGCUUCCAGUUUAAAUCCACUAAAAUAAUCGCUUGAGGCAUCUUGCAUACAUCAGAGGUAGAUUCCCGGCGUUGCAGUUAAGCAUGUUCGUCGUUGUCUGGAUAGUCAAAGCUUCCAAAUAGCGCUGUUUUGUCCAGUUUUUUUCUCGGGCAAUAACUGAAGCACGGUUUCAGUCGAAGUAGUGGUGCAUUUUUUCUGCGUGGUCUGCGAGAGCACUGGAAAUGAUGUUUUUAUUUUUAAUGUCAUGUGCUUUUUCAGACAUCGCUCGAUAUCUCCACUUUCACCCACGUAGACAUAAUCGCAGUCAGCACAAAGAAUCUUAUAAACAAUGCCAGGAAACUUUUCCUUUUUUUUUAGUUUGUCCUUGAUGCUGACGAGCUCGUGACGUAGCUUGUGGCUCGGAAUAUGGGCGACUUGCACAUUGUAUCCAUGCAGGACACACGACAAUGCUUCGCUGAUGCCGGGAGCUUACGUAAUAGAGCCGCGAUGCGUUCACACACGAUCACAUUGAAAAAGCCGCGUAUUCGAGGCGUGCAUCGCAUACUUUCUUUGCUCCCGCCAUCCCUCCCUGUUUAGUUUCCAGCGCUUUUGUCGGGACAAGAGGAGAGAGAAUUUGAUUGCAGCGUGCAACGAAUCUUUGUAACGCCGCUAGUACUGCUUGGAUUCGUAAGAUUCUUGCGGCGUUGAAUUUGUGCCAACACUUCCUGGGAAGCCUUACCAUUGAUAACGACCUUUUGCUUUCUCAAAGAUAAAUACUCGAUUAUUCAGUUCGCAGCCGUAUGGUUGACAUUAUACAUUUUAGUUUUUGAAAUAAUAAAGAGUGGGGUACAACGUCAAAGGCUUUUCUAAAAUCUAGGAACAAGCAGUAGACUGAGAAACACUUAUUUAAAGCACAGGAUAAGUCGUGUGUCCAUUCAAGUAAUUGUGUUGUACAGAAAAAACGACUACGAAAGCCUGCUGCAGAGGAUAAAGUAAGAAAAGCCUGUUCUUGUGAGUAAUAUCAAUGCUAAAUAGAACACGCUCAAGUAUUUUGCAUGCAAUACUUGUCAGUGAUACUGCCUUAUAGUUUAAAAGUUCUCGGUCCACUCUUGUGAACAGGCACUACGUUUGAAAGUCUGCAGUUAUCGGGCAUGGAAGAUUCUUCUAAAGACUUAGUGAAAAUGAUGCACAGGUAUUUAGAUAGUUAGCGUAGACACAAAGAAAGCAGUGUAGGUGAGAAACCAUCAGGGCUUGAGAGGUAUUCAUGGAUCUAAUAAUAGUCUCCAUUCCAAGCUGGUAAAUCACAAUAUCAAUCAUUUGUUGCACCACCACCUCAGUGGGUCGUAGGAAAGUGUUGGUCAUGUUAAUCCAAGGGGUUACACUGAACUGAAAAAUGAGACAAAGCAUUAAGAUUUUUCGACACUGUUAUGGAUGGUGGUGAUAGUGCUAUCAAGGGCUGGAAUCGAGAAGACAUAUUUGUUGUUUGUCUUAAAGGGCCACUUGCCAAGCCCCAUAACAAACUUUAGUUACUUACACCGUGGAAGUUGUUGUGUGUCCGAUGAUGAGCAUUUUGCUGCAAACACUUUUUCAAUCGGUUCAUCGGUUGAAGCUGAGGAAAAUUUUUUUUUUAAGCGGCACGAAAGGAAGAUGCGAGGAGACAAGCCCGAAACCCUUGCCGCUUGCCCCGCAUAUCUUUUUCAAGCCAAAUCUCUUCCCACUCUCUCCGGCAUCCGACCAAGAAGUCAUGUGUGCAUGACGGGCCCGAAGAAGCCCAACUCCCAAACAAGCCCAACUCCCAAACAAGCCCAACUCCCGAACACACAUGCAGCGUUCUUUUGUUGACUAGCGCUUCAUCUUUCAGCAAGCAAUGUUGAAUGCGCCUACAUUGAUCAUGAGGCUUGUAACCUAUAACUGAGCACGCAAACUGCGACAUUUCACUAGUUUAAA